AUGCUGCACUCAGCGACGGAAUCCGCGAAAAAAAUCUUUGCCCCAACCUCAAACUCCGACGACCCAGGCCACGCAACACAAUACACCAAAGGCGCCCUCGACCGCGCCGACCUGCUCCCCUCCCCCACGGACCAAUUCCACAAAUGGUUCCAAGAAGCCCAAUCCAACAACGUCUACCAGCCCGAAACCGUUACUUUUUCCACUGCCGAGCUCCCCAGCGGCAAAGUCUCGGCCCGCGUCGUCUACAUGAAGGAGCUCGACGACCGCGGCUUCGUCAUCUACUCGAAUUGGGACACGAGCCGCAAAGCCAGCGAUGUGAGGAGUAAUCCGCAUGCGGCUCUUACGUUUUACUGGCGCGAGCUCGAGCGCCAGGUUAGGGUUGAAGGCCGCACGGAGCGGCUUACCGAUGAGGAAUCUCAGGUUUACUACGAUACCCGCAUUCGAGGCUCGCGCAUUGGCGCCUGGGCGAGUCGCCAGAGUAGUGUCAUUGAGAGUAGGGAGGAGCUAGAGAAGCGGGUGGAGGAGGUGGAGAAGCGGUUUGAGGGGAAAGACAAGAUUCCUGUACCGGAGUUUUGGGGUGGACUGAGGGUUGUGCCUGAGAUGGUGGAGUUUUGGCAGGGGAGGCCAAGUCGACUACACGACCGGUUUGUGUAUAGGAAGGUUGGGGGAGAGGGCAUAAAGGAUGCAGAGUGGAAGAUUGAGAGAUUGAGUCCUUAG